UUGGACUUUUCGUCUCUCUCUCUAUAUACCUUCUUCCGUCGUUCAAUAAACCGUGUCAUUGAAUCAGUACGACUUUCUUCUUUCCUUAUUAAGUAUUUCCGUUGAUCGAUUCCGAUCUUAAUUUCUCUCUCUCCCUCCCUCUCUCUAUAUUUUUGAUUUUGCGAUGAACGAUCUGUUUUCCAGCUCAUUCUCUCGCUUCCGCAGCGAACCAUCCCCUCGCCGAGACGGCGCCGGAGGCGGCGGCGGAGUUCAGAUGGCUCACCCAGCGGGAUCAACCGGCGGUGUGAACCUCGACAAGUUCUUCGAAGACGUGGAAUCUGUGAAAGAGGAGUUGAAGGAGCUAGAUCGGCUCAACGAAACACUCCAAUCGUGUCACGAGCAGAGCAAGACGCUUCACAAUGCCAAAGCCGUCAAGGAUCUCCGCUCCAAGAUGGACGCUGACGUCGGAGUUGCUCUGAAGAAGGCGAAGAUGAUCAAGGUUAAACUCGAAGCUCUCGAUCGCUCCAAUGCCGCUAAUCGGAGCCUCCCUGGUUGUGGACCCGGAUCCUCCUCCGAUCGAACCCGGACGUCUGUCCUCAAUGGUCUGAGGAAGAAAUUGAAGGAUUCCAUGGACAGUUUCAACCGCUUGAGGGAGCUUAUCUCGUCCGAGUAUAGAGAAACUGUACAGAGGAGGUACUUCACCGUCACCGGCGAGAAUCCUGAUGAGGGAACCCUAGAUCGACUCAUUUCUACUGGAGAAAGUGAGAGAUUCUUGCAGAAAGCUAUACAAGAACAAGGAAGAGGAAGGGUCUUAGACACCAUUAACGAGAUCCAAGAAAGGCAUGACGCGGUUAAAGACAUUGAAAAGAACCUUAAGGAGCUUCACCAGGUGUUUCUAGACAUGGCUGUGCUGGUCGAGCACCAGGGAGCUCAGCUGGAUGACAUAGAGAGCCACGUGGGCCGAGCCAGCUCCUUUAUCAGAGGCGGUACUGACCAGCUACAAACCGCUCGAGUUUACCAGAAGAACACCCGUAAAUGGACAUGUUACGCUAUUAUCAUUCUCAUCAUCAUCAUAAUUGUUGUGGUUCUUGUUGUUGUUAAACCAUGGGAGAGCAACGGAGGUGGCGGUGGUGGAGGAGGAGGAAAUCAGCCAAAUUCAGGUCAAGGGACACCACCAAGUCCUCCUCAGGCAAGGCGUCUUCUAUUGCGUUGAAGUGAGUUUCGAAAUUUGCAAAUAUAUUCUUUGUUUGGAAAACCUUUAAUCAAACCAGCUUUGUGUUUCUAUUUUCUACGGCUGGCUAUGUUGUUGAUCGCCCUUUUAUAUGAUUUUUGUGGAAGAAUUUAAAAAUUUGGCUUAGAUGAGAAAAUUAAUAGACAAUUCUCUUUGUAUCUAUAUCUUUGUUGCGAUAUGACUUCUUUUUUUUUCCUUUUUUAUGUGAUUUCACGGUUUAA